UCACUACAUAUAUCAAUCAUUCCACUUCUUCUUUUUUCCCUCUCAUACUCUCAAACUCUCACGACAAUAGCGACAGAUUCAAAAUUUAAACAUCGUUCAUAUACAUAAAUUCAACCCUGAUACACUUAUACAAACUCAAAUCACCAACUUUUUUGACCUUCCAACACUAGAUAAACAUUAUAAUUAGCUCAUAUAUACAUCGAUUCUGUUAUUUCUGGAUCCGUCUCUGUAUAAUUAUAUGUUCAUGGAAGUGUUGAUAGUUAUAGUUAUGAUGUUAACUAUUAUUGUUAGAACAAAAGCUACAUGGUGUGUAGUUAGAAGUGAUGCAAGUUAUCAAGCAUUACAAAGAGGUUUAGAUUAUGCUUGUAGUUAUGGUGCUGAUUGUUCACCAAUUCAAUCUACUGGCCUUUGUUAUCUUCCUAAUACUAUUCAAAAUCAUGCUUCUUAUGCCUUCAAUAGUUACUAUCAAAGAAACAACAUGGCUCCUGGCUCUUGCCAAUUUGCUGGCACAGCUACUUUUGCCAAAACUGAUCCAAGUUAUGGAUCUUGUGUUUACCCAGCUUCUCCAAGGGCUGCCGGAGGGCCACUUCCUCCCGGAAUCGGAGGUCAUAACGACACAGGUGGAGGAAUUACGACCACCCCUGUUCUAUAUUCACCACCACAAGCAAUUAUAAACCCUGUGUAUGCUAACAGGACAACACCAAUUACCGCGGGAUCGAGUGAUCCUGACUCUCAAGAUUCGAAAGCAAGUACUUAUCCAAAGUUUUGGAGCAUGACAAGCUUAAUUGCAACAUAUUUGAUGUUUCACCUAAUUCAUAAUUUUCAAUUUUUGUAGGAAGACAAGAUUUAGUGAAAUUUUGUACUUUAUUUUGAUGUUAUGACGACUAGUGUUGUCAAAAGUAUUGUUUCGUCGCUUAAAGCAAUGAAACAAGUAAAUUGUGAUAAAAGGAGUAUUAGUAUGAUUGUCUAAAACAACAAUUUUUAUUAUCUGUAACAUAGGAAAUGUUUGAAUUCUUACGAGAAAGGGGAUGUAGCAAAGAAAUAAUCGAAUUUUGAUUGCUUUUA